GAGAUAGCUCUGCUGAACGAUACAGAGAUAUUUCCUGGACAAUUUCUGACUCAAUCUCUCUUUGCUAUGCUACUGAAUUAAUAUUUCAGGAUUUAGACACACAUAAUCCAAAUCAGUAAGUGAACUGAUGGACGAGCAGUGCAAGAAACAUUGACAACAGAAAUGAUGAAGACCAAAUUUCCUGGAAGUAUUAGAUGUCGUUGUUCUCUUCUUCAAGUUGGCUUCCUCACACUUCUUACAUCGGCUGUGUUACUUUUGUACUACGUAAAAUUAAUAGAAGUAUCAAAAAUUUGGUCUGAGAUGGAUCGGAUAAUGAAGAAAACUACAUUCACCACAGAGACAGCAGCUUUAAAUGGCUACCUCGGCGCAUCAGGUCUACAAUGGACACCUUCUGCGUUACCAGGUAAACCAUGUCAACCUGAAACUACAUACCUCGUGGCAUAUCCCUGUAAAUAUCAUUACAUUUUAAAUGAAUUAGAGAGGUGUCAGAAUGAGAAGCCCUUCUUGGUCUUGAUGGUACCUGUGACACCAAACAACAGGGAAGCUCGGGAUGCCGUCCGUACCACCUGGGGAUCUGAGAAGAUGGUUAUGGACAAAGUGGUGAGCCUUUUCUUUCUGCUUGGACAGCCUGGACAUGAAGGGAGAGAGGAGAUGCAGCAGAAGAUCUUGCAGGAGAGUGAGGAACACCAUGACAUCAUUCAAAGUGAUUUCCUGGACAGUUAUAAAAAUCUUACCAUCAAGACUAUGGUGAUUAUGGAAUGGCUGGCAACUUACUGCCAAAAUGCCACCUAUGCCAUGAAGAUCGACUCUGAUAUGUUCCUAAAUGUGAACAGUUUAAUAAACAUGCUUCUUCAGGCACCAAGGAAGAACUUUAUCACGGGGCUUGUGGCCAUAGGGGCUGCUGUUUCCAGAGACCCCAGCUCUAAAUGGUAUCUGCCAAAAGAUGUGUUUCCUGCUGAUUUUUAUCCACCUUACGCACUGGGAUUGGGCUAUGUGAUCUCCCUGGACCUUCCAAACAAACUGAUUGAAGGAGCAAAGCAUGUCAAAGCUGUCUAUAUUGAAGAUGUAUUUUUAGGACUGUGCAUGUGGUAUCUUAGAAUACCUUUGACCAACCAGACUGAUCAGAGCCUCUUCAACUACUUCACUGUUCCUUACAACCGGUGUCGCUACUCAAAACUCAUUGCUACAACCACACACAGCCUACAGGAUCAAGUUAACUUUUGGAAAGAACUUAAGAAACCAGGACCACAUUGUCAACCUUGAAUGAGUGCCAAAAAUUAGAGUCUGGUACAUACAAAUUAAGGAUGAAUUAUACAAUGAAACCUGUGUGCCGAACAGCCACCUUAAUCUAAAGUAGAUACAAGCAACAUCUUAAGGGUUUGUGCCAGAAAGGAAGUAAGUGAUGCUUUUGCCACCAGACUUUCAUUGUAGAUUGACCUUCUAAAUUCUGCAAUUCACAAAGAAAUUAUAACCUCAUACUUUUGCACGCAUGUGAGAAUAAAAAUGAUGCAGAGAAAUGAA